GCUAACAGCUUCAUUCGCAUGCGCGUGUUUGGAAAUGUUCUCAUCUUGUUUUCAUAGGAUAUUUUGUAAUUUUUGUUAUUUUUUAACUUAUCAUUGAUUAUUUGAGCAAGAAUGUUGCGAGGAUCAAAAGCUGAAAUUUGUGUAAUCGGUGCCGGAGUUGUAGGUUUAUCUACGGCUUUAAAAAUCUUGAGUACAAUCCCUUCGGUUAGAGUUACUAUUGUUGCUGAUAAAUUUCUUGACAAUACUCUUAGUUUUGGAGCUGGUGGUUUUUUUCGUCCGGAAAUCAACAUCGGUCGCGAUCGACAAUCGAUCGAGCAAUGGGCUAGUGACAGUUAUGAAUAUUAUUCAUUCCUAGCCUCAAACGAACCAGAAUCUGGUAAUAGUUUCAUUUCGGGAUACCAACUCAGUACUUAUUCUGCUGAAAGCAUGCAAAAUGAAUUGGUAACCAAAUUGACUAAUUCUGUGCAGGUAAUGUCUGAUGAUGAGCGACUUAAACUUUUCCCUGAAAAAUUCAAAUACGGUAUAAAAUGGACAAGUAUCAUUACUGACCCUAGACAUUAUUUGCCUUAUAUGCAACGAAAAAUCGAAAAUUUAGGUGGUACUUUUGUAGAACGUCAUAUCGAUUCGUUUGAUGAAUUAUCUGAAUAUGAUGUGAUUGUCAAUUGCACCGGAUUACAAGCGGCAAAACUUGCCAACGAUUUUCGUUUGAUUCCAGUUAGAGGUCAGGCUUUCAAGGUGGUUGCCCCAUGGAUUAAACAUUUUUACUUUGCCGAUGGUGCCUAUGUACUUCCUGGUCGAGAUUAUGUUACUGUAGGUGGAAUCAAAGAAUUCGGAUCAAGCAACAUGGCCAUAAGUCAGUUAGAUAGCUUUUCCAUUUGGAAACGAUGUACUGAGAUGGUACCUAGCCUGCAAAAAGCUGAAAUUGCAUUUGAAUGGGUUGGAUUGCGGCCACAUCGUCAACCGGUACGAGUUGAACAUGAAUGUUAUCGAUUAUCCGACGGAACCGUCAGAGAUAUUGUCCACAAUUAUGGUCAUGGUGCUCAUGGUAUUACAUUAUCAUGGGGCACAGCUACAGAAGCUACAGAUUUGAUACGCGAUUCGCUUAGUCAUAAAGCGAAAUUGAAAUCAAAAUUAUAGAGAGUCAUCAUAUCAUUUGUUAUCACAUUUUUGAUUUUGAUAUAAUAAACAUAAAACUAACUGCAUGAAUGUCAACAAGAAAUUAAAUCGAUCCAAUGAUUAUGUG